CCUUUCUUUUUUUACUUUCAAUUUUCGUUGGCUGAUACGCAUUUUAUUUUAUUUUUUUCUCUGAGUCUUCCGUCGUCGCACCGUUUCGAUAAAGUUUGCUCUCCUCCUGCUCUCGCUUUACCCUCGUCAUUUUGCUUGUUUCUGCUUCUAGUAUCUCUUUGUUUGUUUGUUUGUUUGUUUGUUUUUCCCUCAUUCUGGUUCUGUACGUGUGCGUGUGUUUUCACAGGUGUGUGUAUAUCCGUUGUAGGUCGGCGGGCACGGCCGCGAUUGGUUAACUGAUAACUUUUGCUGUUUUCUUUUCGUACUUUGAGUUGGAUUUUACCAGUGGAGGUGUGUAGAUUUGGACUUUGAAUCUAUCUUUUUAGAGAAAGAAAAACAGAUAUAUCUACAUAUAUAGAUAGAGAGAGAGAAACAGGUAGAUAUACAUAUAUAGAAAGAGAAAGAGAAAGAGAAAGAGAAAGAGAAAGAGAUGGAGGUGGAAGAAGGAGAUGUUGGUAGGAAGAUUACGAUCGGAGUUUGCGUCAUGGAAAAGAAGGUGAAAUGCGGCCCCGAGGUCUUUUCGGCUCCAAUGGGAGAAAUACUGGAGAGACUACAUGCUUUUGGUGAAUUCGAGGUCAUCCAUUUUGGGGAUAAGAUUAUUCUUGAAGAACCAAUAGAAAGCUGGCCAAUCUGUGAUUGCUUGAUUGCAUUCUAUUCCUCUGGAUAUCCUCUUGAAAAAGCUGAGGAAUAUGCUGCAUUAAGAAAGCCAUUUUUAGUCAAUGAACUGGAGCCACAACACCUUCUCCAUGACCGAAGGAAGGUAUAUGAGCGUCUUGAGAUGUAUGGAAUCCCUGUUCCUAGAUAUGCCCUUGUAAAUAGAGAAGUGCCGUAUCAAGACCUGCAUUAUUUUAUUGAGGAAGAAGAUUUUGUUGAGGUCCAUGGAGAACGUUUUUGGAAGCCAUUCGUUGAAAAGCCCGUUGAUGGGGAUGAUCAUAGCAUAAUGAUAUACUACCCGAGCUCAGCAGGUGGAGGCAUGAAGGAAUUGUUUAGGAAGGUAGGGAACCGGUCAAGUGAAUUCCACCCUGAGGUUAGAAGAGUGAGACGUGAAGGCUCUUAUAUAUAUGAGGAAUUUAUGCCAACUGGUGGAACAGAUGUCAAGGUAUAUACUGUUGGCCCUGAAUAUGCACAUGCUGAGGCAAGGAAGUCUCCUGUUGUCGAUGGAGUUGUGAUGAGAAACCCUGAUGGAAAGGAGGUUAGGUACCCUGUGUUACUGACACCUAAUGAAAAGCAGAUGGCAAGAGAAGUUUGCAUUGCAUUUAGACAAGCGGUUUGUGGUUUUGAUCUUUUGCGUUCUGAAGGAUGCUCAUAUGUCUGCGAUGUCAACGGAUGGAGUUUUGUGAAGAACUCUUACAAGUAUUAUGAUGAUGCUGCUUGUGUAUUGAGGAAGAUGUUUUUAGAUGCAAAGGCUCCUCAUUUGUCUUCAGUGAUUCCACCAGCUUUGCCAUGGAAAGUCAAUGAACCUGUUCAAUCUUCUGAGGGACUAACACGGCAAGGAAGUGGCAUCAUUGGCACAUUUGGACAAUCGGAGGAACUACGCUGUGUGAUUGCUAUCAUUCGUCAUGGUGAUAGAACUCCCAAGCAGAAAGUGAAGUUGAAAGUUACUGAGGAAAAGUUGUUAAACUUGAUGUUAAAGUACAAUGGUGGAAGACCUAGAUCUGAGACCAAACUUAAAAGUGCAGUCCAAUUGCAAGAUCUGUUAGAUGCCACACGAAUGCUUGUACCACGUACGAGACCGGGUCGAGAAAGUGAUAGCGAGGCAGAAGACAUUGAGCAUGCUGAAAAGCUUCGUCAAGUGAAAGCAGUUCUGGAGGAGGGAGGACAUUUUUCAGGUAUCUACAGGAAGGUUCAACUAAAGCCACUGAAGUGGGUUAAGGUUCCAAGAGGCAAUGGUGAAGGUGAAGAAGAGCGACCUGUGGAAGCUCUGAUGGUUCUGAAAUAUGGAGGUGUCCUUACACAUGCUGGCAGAAAGCAGGCAGAAGAACUGGGUAGAUAUUUCCGAAAUAAUAUGUAUCCAGGUGAAGGUACUGGCUUGCUUCGGCUUCACAGUACAUAUCGUCAUGAUCUUAAAAUUUACAGCUCUGAUGAGGGUCGUGUGCAGAUGUCUGCAGCUGCUUUUGCCAAAGGCCUUCUUGAUCUUGAAGGGCAGCUAACCCCAAUACUGGUCUCCCUUGUUAGCAAGGACUCUUCCAUGUUGGAUGGACUUGACAAUGCCAGCAUUGAAAUGGAAGAAGCCAAGGCUAGGUUGAAUGAGAUUAUAACUUCUGGUAUGAAGACAAUCCACACCAACGGAUCAUCUGAUUGCCCUUGGAUGGUUGAUGGGGCUGGCCUGCCUCCUAAUGCUUCUGAACUCCUAUCCAAACUGGUGAAUAUUUUUAAAAAGGUGACUGAACAAGUACGCCUUCUUGCAAAAGAUGAAGAUGAGAAUCUUACAGAAGCGAGCAUGUAUGAUGUGGUUCCUCCGUAUGACCAAGCAAAAGCCCUUGGCAAGACCAAUAUUGACAUUGAUCGGAUUGCUGCCGGAUUACCCUGUGGUAGUGAAGGAUUCCUUUUAAUGUAUGCUCGUUGGAGAAAACUUGAAAGGGAUCUGUAUAAUGAAAGGAAAGAACGGUUUGACAUUACACAAAUUCCAGAUGUUUAUGACUCUUGCAAGUAUGAUCUCUUGCAUAAUGCCCAUCUUAACCUAGAAGGAUUAGAUGAGCUGUUCAAUGUUGCUCAGCUCCUUGCAGAUGGUGUCAUCCCAAAUGAGUAUGGAAUUAAUCCAAAACAAAAGCUCAAAAUUGGUUCAAAGAUUGCUCGCCGUUUGUUGGGUAAAAUUUUGAUUGAUUUGAGGAAUACCCGUGAAGAGGCACUUAGUGUUGCUGAACUUAAGAGUAAUCAAGACCAACCUCCACCAUCAACUAAGACUGGAAAGGAAGAUUCAGAUUAUCAACCUAAGCUUUUCAUCAAAAAUGAUGACUUGAGAAGAUCUAGUGCAAAUGAAUUACCAAAAGAUAAGGAUGAUGAUGAUGAUAAGGAGACCAAAUACAGAUUAGAUCCUAAAUAUGCAAAUGUCAAAACACCUGAACGCCAUGUGAGAACACGACUUUAUUUCACGUCUGAAUCGCAUAUCCAUUCCCUUAUGAAUGUUCUCCGCUACUGCAACUUGGAUGAAUCUCUUCAAGAAGAGGAAAGUCUUGUUUGCCAAAGUGCUUUAGAUCGUUUGUAUAAGACAAAGGAGCUUGACUACAUGAGUUAUAUUGUGCUGAGGAUGUUUGAGAACACGGAGGUGGCUCUGGAAGACCCUAAAAAGUUCCGAAUCGAGAUGACAUUUAGCCGCGGUGCUGAUUUAUCACCCCUAGAGCAAAAGAACGAUAGUGAGGCUGCUUCAUUGCAUCAGGAGCACACACUGCCAAUAAUGGGUCCAGAAAGGUUGCAAGAGGUAGGGUCAUACCUUACACUGGAGAAAAUGGAAAUGAUGAUUCGGUCAUUUGCGAUGCCAGCAGAAGAUUUUCCUCCGCCAUCUACACCUGCAGGAUUCUCGGGCUAUUUUUCAAAAAGUGCAGCAGUACUUGAGCGAUUGGUAAAUCUUUGGCCUUUCCUCAAGAAUGCUAAUGCUAAUGGAAAGUAAUAAACAACUGAUUUUCCAUGUCUACAUUCUUUCAUUAUUUCUCCCCAUUUGUGUCAAUAUUUUGCAAUUUUGGUGGUAGACCAACUGAAGGGAGUUAUAGGCUCUCCUUUAAUUUUGCUACAAAAGUGACAACCUUUUGCAACACAAGACUGUUGUUGGAAGUAACAAAACAAGCUGAAAGCCAGAAAAUUGUCUGAGACUACGAUUUGCAUUGUAUCUUUCCACUAGUGUGCAUAGCGACGUUUAUGCAUCAAGAUAUAUAACUGUAUUGUGCAUGUAGUUUGGAGAACUGGUCUGACUUUCUUGCCAAUUUUAGAAUCCAAUCAAAAUCUUAAAUAAAGUAAAUUUAAUUACA